UCCAUGUGACUUUUAAAAAUGUCAGAUAACCGUUACAGUUUAUUUAUGUACGAUAUGAAAGAUCGAUGAAUAAAACCUCGCGUUUUACAAACCGCGAAGUAGUUUUAUAAAUUCGAGGCUUCGGUAUUUUACGUUUCGCUGCAUCGGUUCGCGACUCGGUCACAAUUAGGUUACGUUUUUAAAUGGAAGAGCUGGCGUUCCGGUCGCCAGAAUCAUGUCUAGGGGGUAAUGAUCGAUUCAGCGAGACAGACGACGAGAAUUUUGGAAUUUACAAUGAUACAGAAAACGAACGGGAGAUUCGCUCUGGAGAGUGUACACCUCAACAAACAUCGUCGAACAGACAGAUCGACAAUUCCAUAUUUAAUACCAUUUCUAAAAUUGUCAAUCCUACGGCAAAGGUGCCAGAAAUACAAGAUUUCAAAAUUGUGAAACCAAUAAGUCGUGGAGCAUUUGGUAAAGUGUUCCUUGGGUUUAAGAAAUCAAAUCCUGAUAAAGUGUACGCCAUAAAAGUAAUGAAGAAAAAUGAAAUGAUCAAUAAGAACAUGGCUUCGCAAGUGAUAAUCGAGCGUAAUGCAUUGGCUUUAACAAGAAGCCCCUAUUGCGUACAAUUAUUUUAUUCGCUGCAGUCCAUUACUAGCGUUUACUUAGUAAUGGAGUACAUGGUGGGUGGGGAUCUUAAGAGCCUGCUCGGCGUGUACGGGUACAUGGAAGAGCCUAUGGCAGCUUUUUAUACCGCAGAGAUAUGUCUCGCGUUGGAGUACCUUCAUUCCCAUGGAAUUGUACAUAGAGAUUUGAAGCCGGACAAUAUGCUGUUGUCCCGCGAGGGACACGUCAAGCUCACAGAUUUCGGGCUUAGUAAAAUAUCCUUGCACAGGGACCUCGAAAUAUCCGAUUUAAUAAAUUGCACGCCUAGUCUUUUAACCAGAACACCUGGACAACUUCUUUCGUUAACGUCCCAUUUAUCAUUCGGCUCCGGACAUAGAUCCGGCAGCGAAUCGGAUGUCAGUAGCACGCCUGGCAUCAACCUGCUCGCCGCGUUGCAAAAGUACAGCUCGAAAACGUCGCCUAACUCGGUAAUUUCCUCGACCGCGUCGGGAGAUUAUUCGCGAGUGUCUGGUAUUACUCCAUUUCAAUCCGCGGAGGAUCUUCGUUUCGGGGAACGUAUAGUGGACAAUGCCAUCGGAACUAUCGACGAGGGACAAGAGAGUAGUUCCGGUAGUUACCACACGUGCGAGGCAUCGUCGAAUCGCGUGAACAGUCAACUGGUCCAGGACCUAGAGGACGAGGACGAGUCCACGUUGGAAGCUGAACAGUCUCAACCGACGUGUUUUCAUACCAGUCCACUGACCACGUGCGCCACCUCGUUCGUAAGAGGCGCGAAAAGAAAGAGACAACCGGUAACGGGGACGACUGGUUUGACGUGCGAGAUAAACGUAAUGGAGCUGGAGGCGGACAAGACACCGAAGAGGAAGAAUCGCGGCUGCAUAUUCUCCAGGAGCCCGAUGAAUUCCGAUAUCUCCGAAUCAGCGGAGCAACCGAGCACCGCUAAAGCCGCGACCGGCGGUCAAGAAAACGGAUCCAGCGGAAGAGUGGCGUUCAGCACGCCUGUGUCGGUCUCGAAACAAAGGUGCCACAGCGAGGGGGAAGGCGAGAAAUGCGAGGAGGAAACGGCACCGUUGAUCAAGACCACCAGAUUCCAGCUACCACCGUCGCUCGCGGCACACUCGAUUCCCGACACGUCCGUGAACGAUGCAGCGGAGAAGCAUCGUUCACCUCAGGGUAUAUCGCCCAUCAAAACGCCAGCGAAUUCGGGCAACUGUUACACGCCUUACAGAACUCCAAAGUCUGUAAGAAGAGGCGCUCAGGGCGGUAUCAAGAGUUCGGACGACCGUAUACUCGGGACGCCUGACUAUCUAGCCCCGGAGUUACUUUUAAAACAGAGUCACGGACACGCGGUGGAUUGGUGGGCCCUGGGCGUCUGCCUUUUCGAGUUUUGUACCGGUGUUCCGCCGUUUAACGACGAAACGCCGCAAGCUGUGUUCGCGAAUAUUCUCGCCAGGGACGUUCCCUGGCCGGAGGACGAAGAAUCUUUGUCGUCGGCGGCCAUAGUGGCUAUAGACGCUUUGCUCACUUUAGAUCAGAACGAACGUCCAUCCGCGAAGGAGGUACAGGUCAUGAGACUAUUCCAGGAAUUCCCUUGGAACGAGCCGCUCAAAGCUGUGCCGCCUUUCAUACCUCAACCCGAUGACAAUUAUGAUACGUGCUACUUCCAGGCACGGAACAUUAUGCAGCAUUUAAACGUGAGCAACUGCGACACGUGAUCUAGGGAAAAUUGCCUGCUCUUACGAAGGAAUAGAACAUUAACGCAAGAAC